AUGGAAAACACACUGCGGGCUGAGGGCGGCGCGGCCCAGCGUAACAGCGGCAAACGCGGCGAGGGCCGAGGACGGCGCAGCGGCGCGGGGCGUGCUGACACGCGCUGGGGCCGAGGACGGCACGGGCUACUGAUGCGUGACGGGCGUGCGGGCGGCGCUACUGACGCUGCUACUGACGGACUGAGCCGGUCACGCGUGGGCGAGUGGCUACUGACGGGGCUGCGCGCCAGGGCGCGCGGGCGGCAAGCGGCGGGCGGGCGCAGGCGCGGUAGGGCGGCCGGGCCGGUCGCGCGCGCGAAGGCGUUGGGGACGCUGGCUACAGCGGCGCUGAUGGCGGGCGCAGGGCUGGGCGCGGGCGAGGCGCUGUGGCGCGCUAGCGUCGCUGCAGGGCGGCGAGGCGCGCUGGGCUGGGCGGCGCGCGGGCGGCCCAGUGGCGAGCGUGGGCGGCGUUAA